AUGGCAAGCCAAUCUAAUAAACAAGCUAAAUAUCUACAAAAAUUUGAGAUUAUACAAUGGAACUGCAGGAGUUUUAUAGCCUGGAAAAAACGGUCGCACCUCCAGCUCUACUUGCAGUACCUCAGAAACAUGCCCGCCUUGCUUGCUUUACAGAAGCCUGGUUUGGACGUUAAAUUCUCUGGCUAUAGCACUUUCCAGGGGGGGCCUUCGUCAUGCAUCCUGGUGAACAAGGCAUAUACCGCGAUUCAGGUUGAUUUAAACUUAUGUACUGAACAGGAAUACACAAUGGUCAGAGUACUGCCUCUCAGACGUCGCGACCAGUCAAUACACAUCCUAAAUAUAUACAGCCCCCCGCAUAAGCCACGCGUAACUUUUAGCGAAAUCUUCCUCCGGGCGAUCAGGUUUGCAGACAAGGACCCCUUAGUGAUCGUGGGAGACUUCAAUGCUCCCAGCCUUCACUGGGGCUAUCACCACGAGAAGGCCAGAGGACGUAAGCUGGCGGAGCUUAUCUCCGCCCUUCACCUCAUGCUGCUCACGGAUCCGGCGUACCCAACUCGAGUGGGGAACUCGGUAACCCGUGACACGUGUCCGGACCUCUCUCUCGUAAAAAAUGUUAAGGAUGCUACCUGGGAAAACUUGGGCGAUUCUCUACGCAGUGAUCAUUGCCUUCUCCGCGUCACACUCUUGAAAACGUCAGAUAAAAAAUGCAGUCAAGCCAAGUUGACCGAUUUGACCCAAUUUCGCAAUCACACUAUCCCUACCGUACUAUUUUCUGGAGGCUAUGCAGAAUUUCUGGAGGCUACGCCCGUAAUAAACCCUUCCAGGGCCAAGGUGUUUGGGGAUGCGUGUGCUGCCUUUGGCUUUAAGCACGAUAAAACAACCGCGUAUAUCCCACAUGCCAACCCGACCGAGCGGAUCAACCGGAACUUCAAGCCCUUGCUGACAACCUUUGCACAGCAACACAGGAAUCGGGAAGUCUGUCUCAACGAGAUAGGCUUCUCCUUGCGCUCUGCGAUCAAUCGCUCGACAGGGUACACGCCCGCCUUUCUCAACUUUGCGAGGGAACUGCAUAACCGCAUGGACGAAGUCCUGCGGGGCGGUGGCGGGGCAAGCGCCGGGAAGGUCAGCCCGUCUGGCUACGCGGUGGAACUGUGCUCACGGAUGGACGUGGCCUUCGACCUGGCGUGUUCCAACUUUGCAAAAGCGCGAGCUUGUCAGAAGGCUCAAUACAACUGGUCGCAUUGGGAUGUCGGUUAUGAUGUCGGCGAUCUCGUCCUAAGGCGCAAUCCCGUCUUGAGUGACACCGCCAAAAGCAUCUCGACGUCCCUUUCGGCCAUAUGGUUGGACCCAUACUGA